UCCGCGUGGCGGGCGGAGCUGCCGCCUCUCGCUCCCGCCGCCUCGCCGCCUCUUGCCGCACCUCUCCCGCCAUGAGCGCGCUCCUGCCGCGCUUCCUGCGCCGGCUCCGCUGCCCGCUGCAGCCCGCGGGCCCGCCGCGCCGCCUCCGAGUGCCCAGUCGCGCCCGCUGCAACGGCGGCGGCGGGUACGGCGGGGUCGAGGGCCUGCUCGGGCAGCGGCGGCAGCGGCGCCAGCAGAACGCCCAGGCCGGCUGCAGCCACGGCCCCGGCAGCCGGGCGUCCCCGGCGCGGAACUCGUUCGUCAGAGAAGUCAUUCAGAAUUCUAAAGAAGUUCUGCGUUUGUUACAAGAGAAAAACCCCGCCUUUAAGCCGGUUCUUGCUAUCAUUCAGGCAGGUGAUGAUAACUCGAUGCAGGAAGUAAACCAGAAUUUGGCAGAGGAGGCUGGCCUGGACAUCACUCACAUUUUCCUUCCCCUGGAGAGCGGCGAGGACGAGAUUAUAGAUGAAAUCUUGAAGAUUAAUGAAGACACCAGAGUACACGGCCUUGCUCUUCAGAUCUCAGAGAACUUGUUUAGCAACAAAGUCCUCAAUGCCCUGAAGCCAGAAAAAGAUGUGGAUGGGGUGACAGAUGUGAAUCUGGGGAGGCUGGUGCGUGGGGACGCCCAUGAAUGUUUCGUGUCACCUGUGGCCAGGGCUGUCAUUGAACUUCUUGAAAAGUCAGGUGUCAACCUAGAUGGAAAGAAGAUCUUGGUGGUAGGAGCCCACGGGUCCUUGGAAGCCACCCUGCAAUGCCUGUUCCAGAGGAAAGGGUCCAUGACGAUGAGCUCCCAGUGGAAAGCCCCUCAGCUUCAAAGCAAGCUCCGUGAGGCUGACGUGGUGGUGUUAGGCUCACCCAGGCCGGAAGAAGUUCCCCUUUCUUGGAUACAGCCAGGAACUACUGUUCUCAACUGCUCCCAUGACUUGCUAUCAGGGAAGCUUGGCUGCGGUUCUCUGGGCGAACACGGUGGUCCCAUCACAGAAAAUGACGUGAGCCUCCUCGCUGCGGCCCUGCGGAUCCAGAACAUGGUCGUCAGCAGCCGGCGAUGGCUUCGUGAACAGCAGUACACAAGGUGGAGGCUUCACUGCUUGAAACUCCAGCCCCUGUCCCCAGUCCCAAGCGAUAUUGAGAUUUCAAGAGCACAGACUCCAAAAUCUGUGGAUGUCCUUGCCAAAGAGAUAGGAUUGCUCGCAGAGGAAAUUGAAAUCUAUGGCAGAAGCAAAGCCAAAGUACGUUUGUCCCUGCUGGAGAGGCUAAAGGAUCAAGCAGAUGGAAAAUACGUCCUAGUUGCUGGGAUCACGCCCACCCCUCUCGGCGAAGGGAAAAGCACGGUUACAAUUGGGCUCGUGCAGGCCCUGACCGCGCACCUGAACAUCAACUCCUUCGCCUGUCUGAGGCAGCCUUCUCAGGGGCCAACUUUCGGAGUUAAAGGAGGAGCUGCGGGCGGUGGCUAUGCCCAGGUCAUUCCCAUGGAGGAGUUCAACCUUCACUUGACUGGGGAUAUCCAUGCCAUCACCGCUGCCAACAACUUGCUGGCGGCUGCCAUCGACACGAGGAUUUUGCAUGAAAACACUCAGACUGAUAAGGCCCUGUAUAAUCGCCUGGUUCCUUUAGUGAAUGGAGUUCGAGAAUUUUCAGACAUUCAACUCGCUCGACUGAAAAAACUGGGGAUAAACAAGACCGAUCCAGGUGCACUGACGGAAGAGGAAAUAAGUAAAUUCGCCCGACUGGACAUCGACCCCUCCACCAUCACGUGGCAGAGAGUACUGGAUACGAAUGACCGAUUUCUACGAAAAAUAACGAUCGGGCAGGCAAACACAGAGAAGGGCUGUUCCCGGCAGGCACAGUUUGACAUCGCGGUGGCCAGCGAGAUCAUGGCGGUGCUGGCCCUGACCGACAGCCUCAAGGACAUGAAGGAGCGCCUGGGGAGAAUGGUGGUGGCCAGUGACAAAAACGGGCAUCCUGUAACGGCAGAAGAUUUGGGGGUGACAGGUGCUUUGACAGUUUUGAUGAAAGAUGCAAUAAAACCAAAUCUGAUGCAGACCCUGGAAGGGACGCCUGUGUUCGUACACGCUGGCCCCUUUGCCAACAUCGCCCAUGGCAACUCUUCCGUGUUGGCCGAUAAAAUUGCCCUGAAACUGGUGGGCGAAGAAGGAUUUGUAGUGACUGAAGCUGGCUUUGGCGCUGACAUUGGCAUGGAGAAAUUCUUCAACAUCAAGUGUCGGGCCUCCGGUUUGGUGCCCAACGUCGUGGUGCUGGUGGCCACCGUGCGCGCUCUGAAGAUGCACGGGGGCGGGCCGAGUGUCACUGCUGGUAUUCCGCUUAAGAGAGAAUACACAGAGGAGAGCAUCCAGCUGGUGGCAGACGGCUGCUGUAACCUCCAGAAGCAAAUUCAGAUCGCUCAGCUCUUUGGGGUCCCUGUUGUCGUGGCUCUGAAUGUCUUCAAGACCGACACCCAGGCUGAGAUUGACUUGGUGUGUGAGCUCGCAAAGCGGGCUGGCGCCUUUGAUGCGGUCCCCUGCUAUCACUGGUCGGUUGGCGGAAAGGGCUCGGUGGACCUGGCGUGGGCCGUGAGAGAAGCUGCAAGUAAAGGGAGUCGUUUCCGGUUCCUGUAUGACGUCCAGCUUCCCAUUGUGGAAAAGAUAAGAACCAUUGCCCAGGCUGUCUACGGGGCCAGGGACAUCGAGCUCUCUCCCGAGGCACAAUCCAAAAUUGACCGUUACACGCAGCAGGGUUUUGGAAAUUUGCCCAUCUGCAUGGCAAAGACCCACCUUUCUCUCUCUCACCAACCCGACAAGAAAGGUGUGCCCCGGGAUUUCAUUUUACCCAUCAGCGAUGUCCGGGCCAGCAUAGGCGCUGGGUUCAUUUACCCUCUGGUUGGAACGAUGAGCACCAUGCCUGGACUGCCCACGCGGCCCUGCUUUUACGACAUCGACCUCGACACGGAGACGGAGCAAGUGAGGGGCUUGUUCUGAAUCAGCGAGGCUUUCACGGGCCCGAGUCAGACUCCUGAAACUCAAACUACCCCUUGCCUUUUGGCCUCAGUUGGAGAAGAAAGUGAAUUUGAAAUACACCCGUUACGCAAUGCUGGAGAAAUGAUGGAAUAGGCCAAAGAUUUCUUCCUUCAGGACAGAUUCUGUUUGCAGCCGAGCAUAGUGUUCAGUCAACGGACCUCCACCAAGUUUGAAAGAAACUAAUUUAUUUUCAGUUUCUGCAGAGUUUACAUUAUUCCCCACUGCUUACACUUAAGAGUGUUUAUUGUAUGGGGACCAUGCAAUUAAAAGCGUUUGAACCGAAAGGUAACGUUUCCUCA